CUCGAGACUAAACGAAAUUGGCGGUUUUGCACUGGAGAAUACGUUCAGGCAUGGGUGCUUUGGGAUGAUGUUGGAUUGGCAGCCGGGCCAGAAGUGCAAUGCUGCAUUGCACCAUAUUGUCUCUCGUCAUCUUAAGAUCACGAGAGACGAUGAGGAUGAUGAGAUCUGCUUCUACAUCAACGGGAGGAACGUUGAGUUUACUCCGAGAGAUUUCGCUCUCGUGACAGGAUUGUCCUUUGGGGAUGAUCCUUUUGACCCCGAGGCUGAGCACGAUCUGAGUCGGGCUCAUACAUUUAGACAAUUUUGCCGCUCUCAACCGGUGUCAGUGCGGGAGCUGGCGGAUAUAUAUUUCGACACCGUCAAUCCAGUGGUUGACACCGACGGCGGGUUGUACCUCCGUGUGGCCCACUUGUUGGUGCUACACGCAUUUGUAUUAGGAGUGGACGUGCGCCGACCCGUGCAGUCCUGGACUUGGAAGCUGGUGGAUGAUUUGCCGGCCUUUUCCAGAUUUCCUUGGGGAUCGUGCGCGUAUAGAAGCUUGAACUACAGGUUGAAGCACAGCACAAUCAAAAAGGAUUGUAAAAAGUAUCACUUCUACGGUCCUUCUUGGGCCCUAUUCAUUUGGGGUCUUGAGAAAAUUCCCUAUUUGGGCCCAGCCAUAGCCAUAUGCAAUGCGGGGGUUUACCCUAGAUUUCGGAGGUGGACGUUCGUGAAGACCAAGUUGGAUGGGUUGCAGAGUUAUUUUGAGUCUCCGGAGAACGGGAUAUGGGAGAUGGUCCCCGAUGAGUACGAGGCCAAGACAUCUUACUGGCUAUCGGUGGCAGGCGUCAAUGCCGGGAUAGGGGUUCGAGUACCAGAGCCGGCAGUCUUUGGUCAUAGGCAGCCUCGGCAGCGCUACACUGGUGGGGACCACAACGAGGAUGCUCCUGAGCAUCAACCUCGGCGUCGCAGUAUGAGACAGGAUACUGGCAAGCGCCCGAGGGGACAAAUAGUGGACACCUCAUCGAGCAGCAGCCAUCACGAUCAGAGCAUUGGGGGCGAUCACCCCGUUGAUUCUGGUCGAAGGUCUCACAGUCACAGAGCCCCGAGGCCUAGGCACGAGGAUGCUCCUGCACCUUCACAGUGGAGCGAGGAGGAUUGGCAGCGCAUGCAGCACAUGAUGCGCGAGAGUGAGGAACGGGUAGCGAGGACCGUGGAGGACAGCCUGUUCAGGAGGAUUAAGAAUUGGUUCGAGGACAAGUUCGAUGCUAUGCGUUGCCGAUGCUCGCAUAGCACUGAUGUUCACGUGCCCAGACCUGCUCCACGAUCUCACUCUGACAGGAGACGCGAGCCCCAGCCCGAGCCCGACUCCGAUCCGGCGCAGCCUACAUCCUCAGAGGCCCCAUCGCAUCACCAAUCCCCUGCACAUGAGUCUCCUGCACGAGAGGUGGGACAGACUACUGGUGAUGCCAUGCACACCCCGCAGUGGCAGCAUGAUCCGUUUGGUGGCCCGACUAGUUUUGGGCAUGUGCAGACUCCGCACAUGGGUGUCCACCACAUGCCCACAUUCGAGGCGUCCAGUUCUUAUGGCGGGCCACGCUACUCGUGGGCUGAGCCGGGCACGAGUUCAGCAUACCCUUUUGAGCCGGCCCGUUCUUCGGCUCCGAUCCUGACUCAAGAUGAGAUGCACGAGUAUUGGAAGCAGUUUAGAGGGGGAGUUUCUGAGGCAGUUUCUGAGGCAGUAGCUGCUGUUCCCCUCAGUAUUUGUGCACCGGAGGCUCCACGCAGAAGUCGCCGAGAACGGAACCCGUCGGCUGCACUUCGAUCACCAUACGUGCACAGCGCCGUGCCGAGACCCGUCGACUCACAGUAUGUUGACGGGUUUGACCGUAUGAUGAAAGCUGGCAACCGUGGCAACUACUUCUGUUUUGCCUCUGGAGUAAGAAGGUCAUCGCUCUCUUCCGCAGACGCAAGUCUGUCAUUGAACCACUGCUCCAGAACCAUCCUGAUUGCCUCCAGCAUGGAGCAUAUAGGAAGGCGUCUGGCCCACAACAAACGGGCAUUCAAAGCCUCGGCAGCAUUAGAUGUAAGAAAACUAUAA